GCGAUAAAUCAAUAAUAACCAGCCAUAGCUAAGGUACAACUAAGGUACAACCAACGCAUAUCAAGUAAAUGACAUAAAACAGAUACACAAGUUGGCUGAGAAACUAGAAAUACUGAAUUUAUGAAAGAAGAUCAAAGUUUAGUUGAUGACACAUAAAUGUAUGUACAAAGUAGACAGCGAAGUAAACAGGAUGAACUUAGCAAAAAGAAUCAACUAAAUUCACUAAAUGCAAUAAAUGCAGUUUUUGUAAUUGAUACAUAAAUGUAACACUGGAAAUGAACACUUGAUGGUUUACUACAGAUAUGUCUGACCAAGAAGAGGAUAGAUGUAUUGAAAGUACAGAGAAUGGAGAUAACUUCAAUAUAAGGAGUGUAGAACAUGGAGAAGAAACUGAUAGUCCUGUAAUACUAAACACUGAUGGAAUAUUUGUGAGCAGAAGUGACAAUUUGACAAUAGAGAACUAUGCCACUUCAUCAAUUGUCUAUAACCACUCUGAACAUGAGAGAAAUGACAGGGUUAUGCCAUUUAGUAAUAUUGAGAGAUCUCUACAUACAGGUGUUCCAUCAAUUUACAACAUGGAUAGUGUAGGAGAAAUCACAAUGAAUCAUUGUGGUACACAAACUUCAGAUGCUUUGAAUAGACAAGAUGAUAUGGAGGAAAUACCAUCAAACGACUGUGAUACACAAUCAUCCACUUCUAAUAACCCAUCUUUGACUAGACAAGAUAGUACAGAAGAUUUGACAUUUAAUCACUUUGACAGUGAAACACAAUUUACAGCUGCUGAUAUCAUAUCCUUAAAUAGGAUGGACCAAAUGGCAUUAUCACCCGAUGCCGAACGUUCUUUACCAAGACAACAUACUGAUGAUGUGCCCACUACCUCAAGUAUUUUCUAUGCAAAUUCUAGCCAUGACACGGACUCACAAUCAUCCAAUAGUAUCAAAACAUUAUCAAACAUACAAGAACAUGAAAGUGAUUGGGAGACUGCAUCCAGCAAUUUAUCCUCAUUGCAAGACCCUCCUACAAGUUCAAAUAAUGCCAUUAAUCCUACAGCAAGCAAUCUAAUUAUUCAUGAGGAGGACACAAGACCAAGUGCUCAACAUGCAGAAGACAGGUGUAUCCCUCAAUGCUUUCUGAUUGAUACACAUAAUAGUGAAAGUGAUAGUGAUAGUACAAUAGACAGGACUUCUGACUGGGAAUUCUUACUUACACCAGCUGUUACAACACACACAGAUGACACAGUGUCCCAGUCUAUAAAUUAUACCCAAACAAAUAAUGAUGCCAGAACCUUACCACCGAUUCAUCAGGAAGUCAACCUGACUGAAGAUGGAGCUCAAGCACAGAUGAAUAAUACCUCAAAUGUUCAACAUGCAUUUCUGUUACCAUGGCCAGAAGGAAAUAAUAGUACUGAUAGAGUAGUAAGAUGGGUAGAAAACACCAUGGCUGAAUCUGGUACCAACUUUCCUCAACAAACUCAGCCAGCAGGUAACAGUGAUUUGGAAAACAGAAACAGGGAAAUUUGGAACAUUCGUAAUCCUCCUUCUGUCUCAGCCCUUCCCGGUAAUGGCCCUUUAAUAUCCAGCUCUGAGAACAGUUCUACAACAAGUGUUGAGAGUUGGUUGGCUGAUUUCAUUAACCAAACAGCUCAAGAUACGCCAGCAGGCCAAGUGAGGGAAAACAUUGCCAGACCUUUGAUUACAACCCAGAAUGAGGAAAGAAGGCAUAUAUACAGUAUUGACAAUAGAGGCUUUGAUGAUCACGACCUACCUACAUAUACAGAUAUUGUUAAUAAUCCAACAUUGUAUAGUGUCCCUAAACCACCCUCAUACAAUGAUGCAAUGUCUGGAUCAUUUAAUCUUACACCGAUAACACUGUCAGUUGAGGAAAUGGUGGCAAGAUGGAUGACACGAGAUGUCACAGAUAGGGGAACACAAUCCAAUCCUCAACCUCAAGAAGCUGAGUCUGCAAACCAAACUGAUCCCCCCGAAGUUGUGGUUGAACCAAAUUGCCAUGAAUCUCUCAUACAAAACCUCAACAGGAACUUACAAGCACACAGAGAAAGGAUAUAUGAGUGGUUGACACAAUCUGAUAACUUUAAUGAUAAUUUUCAGCGAAGCCAUGGGAAAGAUUUUUUAACUACAUGCAAGUUUGCGACAUUCAUUGGUUGGAGUUUCUUCUUUCUCCAAAUCGCAGUAAUUGCUGAGCAUGUGGCCAUGUGGAACUGUUUUCAUGGAUUCAUAGUGACUAUAACUAUUUUCCCGAUGUGGGUUUUUCUAGGUAAAGUGGAAAAUUUAUCAACAGGGAAAAAGAGGAUUCUCAGUUUUAAAUUCGCAUCCCUGUUAUUACAUAUUUUUCUAUUGGAAAGUCUGGCAAUAAUUGCCAUAUCAGCUUAUGGCAUGUAUGUGGACAGAUAUAGAGGAACACAUAUUUAUGGAAAGUCAUGCACCAAUGGCUUUUUGGACAGUGACAGAGAUCUCAUGUGUGAGAAUAUAACCCUUGAAACAAAUGAAACAACGACACAUGCUUAUCGAUUAGGUUUAAACCAAAAGCAGCAAUUCAACCUUGCAUUUGUAGUCAUUGCUUAUAUUGAGUGUUUCCUGAUUUCAUGUGCAUUACUUAAUAGAUAUCAUCAUAUUAAAAAACACCCAGCAUUUGAAUAUCCAGAGCCUUUGAAAGGAUUCGUAGGACUUGGCAUGUGGUUAGCCAUUACACCUGUUAACUUAGUGGUACUGAGCAUUGUGGCUCUAGUAUUUCAACCAUCUCUGUAUAUGUGGUGCCCAGGACUGUGGGGGUCUAUUGCUAUAAUUAUACCAGGGAUUCUAUCGCACAACAUUGCUGUGAAGAAAGAGAAUGGACGGACAGUUGAUAUGUUUAAGCAACUUCUAUUUUUUAGUUGGAUAAGUUUAAUAGCUUGUGUGGCAAUUAUUGGAAUAGCAGCAGGGGGCAUUCAUUCUGACAAAGAACUUCAUGUCUAUGGCGUUCCCUGUGAUACCUUUUAUAUCAAAUAUUACCAUUAUACAUGUGAGGAAGUUAAUCUAAAUAUAACUGACAAUAUAGGGGAUGAUAUCACACAUAAUGAUGUCACACAGAGUGUUGAUGACAUAGCUCUGUGUAGUACAUGUACAACUACACAUAAUUUAGAACAUUCAAGUGAUCAUCACAACCAAACUGAACCUCAUGCUUAUCUAAAGGGCUGGAACUAUAAACAAACAAUUAAUUUGAUGACACUGUUACUGGGCAUUCUGCAUCUUUUCAUGUCUGGCAUUGUAAUAGAUAGUGGAAGCAAAUAUCUAAAAACCUUACUUAUUGACUAGGUCAAUAUUUAGACUACUUUAUUCCAUUUCAUAUAUCACAGGAUGAGAUAUGCAAGGCUCUGCUUAAUCAACAAUCUGAGAGUAGCUCAGUUUAAAUAUCAUUAGGACAGUUAUAAUGUUAAUAUUCUUUUUUAAUAUGCGAUGAAAAAAUCAGCUGGAAAUAACCAAUAGAAUCAUUAGACCAGUGUUAACUCAAUCCCUUAACAUGUAAAUAUAAAUAUCAAAUUAAAGUUCUUAACAUGCACCUAUGAUGUCUUGUUAAUACAAGAGAAUACAUAUACAUGUAGACUCAUUUUAUAUGCACACUAGAUGCAAAACUCAGUGCAGCUCAGAAGAAUACAAUACAAUACAUUUAUGAUUUUUUUAUCAUUUUGUAUAUUUUCUUACUUCAAAUACAGAUUUUGUAUAAGCCUGAAUAAAUAUAGAUCAUAUUCUAAACGUUA